AUCCCAUCAGUCAGACAGAAGGGCUGCCUCACACAGGAAUGUCCCAGAGACAAGCUGAGAGACAGAGGAACUGAUAGUAGUGGGCCAAUACCAACAUGUGGAGAGGACAAACACAGGCUGGGACAAAAAACACUACAAGUACUCCAGAGUCGGAACUUUCUCCUUACAGUUGGCUAUUACCUUGAAAAAGCCUGGAAACAAGUUGGAGAAGAAAGGGACAUGAGGAGAGUAAUAGUUCUGCCUGGGAUGUUGUGCACUGGAGAGUAACAAGGGGCUGCCUUGCAACAGCCACGAGCAUAAAAGUUAUCAUGCCCCCCGUACAUAAAAGCUGUGGCCCCUGUAUGAGUGGCCUGUCCACCAGUGUCUGGAUGAAAAUCAGGAAACACGGCACCAGGUAUAAUACAACUCCUUCAUGUAAACAAAAGAGAUUAAAUAUUUAGCAAAAUAUGACUGAGGACAUCAUGGCCACUUCCUACCCUACUUUCCUUACAACCCCCUACCUGCCGAUGAAUUUGUUGAUGAAUUUAACCAAUGACACCGAGGACAUUUGUGUUUUUGACGAGGGAUUUAAGUUUUUGCUGCUGCCGGUCUCCUACAGUGCAGUGUUUAUGGUGGGCCUGCCUCUGAACAUAGCCGCUAUGUGGAUAUUCAUUGCCAAAAUGCGCCCAUGGAACCCUACAACAGUUUAUAUGUUUAACCUUGCACUGUCGGACACAUUGUACGUUCUGUCUCUGCCCACGUUGGUCUAUUACUAUGCUGACAAAAACAACUGGCCCUUUGGGGAAGUUCUUUGCAAGCUUGUGAGAUUCCUCUUUUAUGCCAAUCUCUAUUCCAGCAUUCUGUUCCUCACCUGCAUCAGUGUGCACCGAUACCGGGGAGUGUGCCACCCUAUAACCUCUCUGAGGCGUAUGAACGCUAAACACGCCUAUGUGAUCUGUGCUUUGGUAUGGCUAUCCGUAACACUCUGCCUUGUCCCCAAUUUAAUAUUUGUCACAGUCAGCCCAAAGGUCAAAAACACCAUUUGCCAUGAUACCACGCGACCUGAGGAUUUUGCCAGAUAUGUGGAGUACAGUACUGCCAUCAUGUGCCUACUCUUUGGGAUCCCAUGUCUCAUAAUUGCAGGCUGCUAUGGACUCAUGACAAGGGAACUGAUGAAACCAAUAGUCAGUGGGAACCAGCAGACUCUGCCAUCGUACAAAAAGAGAUCCAUUAAGACCAUUAUUUUUGUUAUGAUUGCAUUUGCUAUUUGCUUUAUGCCUUUUCACAUCACUCGCACCCUAUAUUAUUAUGCCCGGUUGCUUGGGAUCAAAUGUUAUGCACUCAAUGUGAUUAACGUCACAUACAAGGUGACUCGUCCUUUGGCCAGUGCCAACAGCUGCAUUGACCCCAUACUCUACUUUCUGGCCAAUGACAGGUAUAGACGUAGGCUGAUAAGGACAGUGAGAAGAAGAAGCUCAGUUCCGAACAGGAGGUGUAUGCAUACUAACCACCCACAGACUGAGCCACAUAUGACAGCAGGACCUUUACCUGUGAUUUCUGCUGAGGAGAUACCUAGCAAUGGCAGCAUGGUGAGAGAUGAGAAUGGAGAAGGUAGUAGAGAGCACAGGGUUGAAUGGACAGACACCAAAGAGAUAAAUCAAAUGAUGAAUCGUCGCAGCACGAUCAAGAGAAAUUCUACAGACAAAAACGAUAUGAAAGAAAACAGACACGGGGAGAACUAUCUUCCCUACGUAGAGGUAGUUGAGAAGGAAGAUUAUGAGACAAAACAAGAGAACAGAAAAACAACGGAACAGAGCAGUAAAACCAACGCUGAACAGGAUGAGCUUCAGACACAAAUUGACAGUAGAUUAAAAAGAGGAAAAUGGCAACUGAGUUCAAAGAAGGGUGCAGCACAGGAGAAUGAAAAAGGCCACAUGGAACCCUCGUUUGAAGGAGAGGGGACCUCUACCUGGAAUCUCCUGACACCUAAAAUGUAUGGCAAGAAGGACAGGUUGGCCAAGAAUGUAGAAGAAGUGGGUUAUGGAAAAGAAAAGGAGCUGCAGAACUUCCCAAAGGCAUAAGAAAUUUGCUGAGAUGCAAAUCAUAGUACUGGUAUGGGACCUGUUAUCCAGAAUGCUUGGAACCUGUUAUCCAGAAUGCUUGGCACCUGAACAUUUCCAGAUAUGGAGUCACUUUUGUAAUUUGGAUUGCCAUACCUUAAGUCUGCUAAAAAUCAUUUAAACAUUAAAUAAAUCUAUGCAUCUUAAAUAAAUCUAUGCAUCUACUGUAUGCAGCUUAGUUACCAACAAGUACACGCUACUGUUUUGUUAUUACAGAGAAAAAGGAAAUACUUUUUAAAGCAUGGAACUAUGUCAAAGUGGAAGAUAGUCUUGCAAUAUUUCAGAGCUUUUUGGACAUUGGGUUUUCAGAUCCCAUGCCUGUAGCAUAAAACUGUGAAUUGUAAAUAUGUAUUUGUACAUUAAACCAAGUAUUGCUAAAGCUUUUCCAGCAAUGAACCCUGAAAAAAUGUUUUUUAAAAAAUUCUUGGGACACCUACAGACUGUUGCAAACAAAUUAAUUAACUUCUCAGUUGCGUGUCAUGAAAAGGGAUAUCUGUUUGCUUCAUUAAAUGUUAAUGGGAAAUGUGUA